CAAUUCUCUUCAUUUCUCAAAGCGGUGCGAGACGCGCUUUGUCUCUAUUGUGAUCGACCACACGAGGAGAAGAAGUCCAGGAACAUAAAGCAGCCGAAACACUGGAAACUUAAAGCAAGAACAGCGUUUCUCACUUUAGUCGUGAAGAUCUUUGAAUCCAGGGGCUCGCUGACCGACAACUCGCACGUGGGACAUCGAAUACUUUCAGCAUGGAGCCUGCCAGAUCGGAAAUGAGUAUCCUGCCCAAUGGGAAAGGUCAUGACCUGGGAGAGGAAAUGUGCGUGCCGAUGAAGACUAUGAUGGAGGAAGAACAAAACGGUACCCAUCACGGCAGGUUUGAUGAUCCUGACAGCACACUUGCUGAGAACAUUGAGUUCCUGCCCAACGGCGAAGGAAAGAAGCCACGUUUCACUGAUUUUGAGGGGAAGACCUCUUUUGGCAUGUCAGUCUUCAAUUUGGGCAACGCCAUUAUGGGCAGUGGGAUAUUGGGAUUGGCCUACGCCAUGGCCAAUACUGGCAUACUGCUCUUCUUGUUUCUCCUCACAGCUGUAGCCGGUCUGUCCUGCUACUCUAUCCACCUCCUGCUGAAGUCCUCAGGUGUUGUGGGAAUCAGAUCUUAUGAACAGCUGGGAUUCAGGGCCUUCGGGAUGACAGGAAAGAUGGCGGCCGGUAUCGCCAUCACUCUUCAAAACAUUGGAGCCAUGUCCAGUUACUUAUACAUCGUCAAGUCAGAGUUCCCGCUGGUCCUGCAGGCCUUUUUGAAAGCAGAUACCGGAUCAGGGGAAUGGUAUCUCAAUGGAAACUACUUGGUGGUGAUGGUGUCCAUCUCUGUCAUCCUGCCAUUGGCUCUAAUGAAACAGCUGGGAUACCUUGGUUACGCCAGUGGUUUUUCGCUCAGCUGCAUGGUCUUCUUCCUCAGCGCAGUGAUCUAUAAGAAGUUCCAGAUCCUGUGCCCGUUCGAGGAGUUUUCGGCCAAUAGCACGCUAGCACACGCUCAUUCAAACGUGACGGUGAACCACGCCCACGGCUACCACAACGGACACGUGAUGGUGGACGACUCCCACUGCAGCCCGCAGAUGUUCACCGUCAACACGCAUACCGCGUACACCAUCCCCAUCCUGGCCUUCGCGUUCGUCUGCCACCCUGAGGUCCUGCCCAUCUACACCGAGCUGCGCAACCCAACUCAGAAGAAGAUGCAGCACAUUUCCAACAUUUCCAUUCUGAUCAUGUACACUAUGUACUUCCUUGCUGCUCUCUUUGGAUACCUAACAUUUUACACUAAUGUCGAGGCUGAGCUUCUGCACACGUACAGCAGGAUCGACCCCUACGACACUCUCAUCCUCUGCGUGCGUUUGGCUGUGCUCACCGCCGUCACGCUGACCGUGCCCAUCGUUCUGUUCCCAGUGCGAAGAGCCAUUCAAGAGAUGAUAUUCCCUAAUAAGACCUUCAACUGGAUCCGGCACGUGACCAUCGCCGUCGUUCUCCUGACCUUCAUCAACAUGCUGGUCAUCUUCGCUCCCAACAUCCUGGGCAUCUUUGGCAUCAUCGGUGCGACAUCCGCUCCGUGUCUUAUCUUCAUCUUCCCCGCUGUCUUCUACAUCCGUAUCGUUCCCAAGGAUAAAGAGCCGAUGCGUUCAACUCCUAAAAUCUUUGCUGCCUGUUUCGCUGGCCUCGGCGUGUUGUUUAUGAUAAUGAGCUUGAGCUUCAUCAUCAUCGAUUGGACGACAGGCAGCGGCAGUGCUCUGGGCGGCCACUAGGAGACGAACUCCGACGAUGAAUGCGUGUGUGUCGUAGUGUAUGUGCCUUUUGUAUGAGAGCGCGUGGCGUACGUUAGCUUAGUGAUGUAACAUACUGGAAGGUGAUCUGAUUUAUUUCUAUCUAUAUUUUUCUGCCCGUUACGACACAGAGGGUGCCCUAUCCCACUGCGGGAAGAAAAAAAAAGUGAGGGGGACCCGAAUCAGUAUCCCAUUUCACACAGGCGGCCCGCCAUCAGAUAAUGGUGAUAAUUGCGUUACUCUAAAAAACGAAAAAAAUUCAGACCGAUGUUUUAUAUUUUAAAACCUGUAAAAGUGCCGAUCUUGUCUAUUUGGGCAGAUUUUUUUUUUUUAUUUAUUGAAGGGUCAGUGCCUCCCCACUCAUCCUGUAGAAAUACGCUGUUGUGGCUUCAGUUUGCUUGUUGUUAUUUUUAUUAACUCUCGCUCUCUGUUAUAUCGAUCUAGAGCUCUUAUACUUGACACGACCGACUGCAAGUACUGUAGAAACGCGUGAUUGCAUUCUUCGAGAUUUCUUUUAAGUGACAGCAAACGCAUUGUACAAAAGCGAACUGUAUGUGAGAUUUUUACAUAUUUAAUUCUGUGUGUUACUUCGGCCGUUGAACAAGGUUUUGGUUGAUCUCUGGGAGUCGAGUGAAGCGGGCUAGAUUAGUUAAGAUGGAUCGGUAGAUGGUUUACUGUCCAGUGGGCUUCGGACAAUCGACGAGUCACAUUACCACCUAUUUCAGGUAACUUGCAGUGUUUUCGGUCAAGUAAGAGUACAGUUUCACUGUGCCAAAGCGAAGGAUUUCUGUAUUCUAUCUUGUAUUCUAUCUGUAUUCUAACUAUCUUGAAGUAUAUAUUCUUUUUUUUUUUCCUAAAGUAUGAACGGUAGACAUAGAAUGCAAGGCGUGGAGAUCACAUGGAGAUUUGAACAGUGAAAAAUGUAUUUAUUUAAUUGUAUCGCAUAUGUUUUGCGGUUCACUGGAUAAGUAUCAGUGUGCGUUAUCGUGUCAACACGUACAAUGACAGCGUCCUUUAUCGUUUGUGUCGCCGUGAAGAUCGUGACUCUCAAGGUUAUUUACACAAACGAUAGAUAUGGACCUCAUAUACAUGCAAACUUGAAAUAGACACAGCCUCCCCCGUGUUACAAUUCCAGCCAUCGUAUUAAAGGAGUUCAGUCAAAAUUAAAAUUAGCUGAAAACUCACCCUCGGGUCAUCGAAGAUGCAGAUGAGUUUAUUUCUUAAUGGAAACAGAUUUGGAGAAAUUUAGCAUUACGUCACUAGCUCACUAAGCGGUCUGCUGCAGCGAACGGGUGCCGUCAGUCCAAACAGCUGAUAAAAACAAUAGAAAAAAAUGAAAUGGAACAUUAACGGUUAACACUGUUCAUUUGUAAAACAUUAAAAAUUAAAUGCAAAAACAUUGACAACAUUUGCGAUUGUUGUUAAAUGAAUAAUAAGAACUGUAUAGAUAUAUUAAAAUAAUAGAAAUGACAAAAAAAAACACUAAAACGUUUUCUAAACAUAAAUUGAAAACAGAAAAUAUAACAUUUAUUUCAAAAUCAUCUUGGAUCACCUUAGAGGGAGCACGUUUUCAGCAAAUGUUUAUUUUGCUAUUUCUUUAAGACGUUUAAGUGAUUUAUUUCAGAAGCUGCUCUCAGUGUCUCGGUUGUAAUUUUUUAUUUGGAUUUUUUUCACGUCUUUGUUUAACUCUUCUUGUAAUCCGACUAUUUGUGGACCCUGUUUUGGUAUUAGCGGUAGUUAACGAAUCAGCUGAAAUGUAGAAACACAAAAGACACCGGUAUUUUUGUUUUGUUUUGUUUGAAGGAUACUUGUUGCUUAUUUGGAGUUUAAAAUACUUACCCGGUAUUUAAUGCUAUUCAUGUGAUUAAAUAUUACUCUGUGCGAUCCUGUUGUACAAUACGUCGUACUGACAUAUUAUGUGCUGACUGAUGAGUAGAUGGGCUGGUAGCGGCAGAUGUUGGUACGCCAUGAGAAAGCAGUAACGGAAGUGAGCGUGUAGUUAAUAUCACAUGAACGACACCAAAAACUAGGAAUGGACUUUUAUUUGUGACAUAUGAAGUUUUAGUUCUGUUUGCAUUGCCAACCAAAAAACAAACUGACCUUUAUGCUGGAGAUUGAAGUACAAUGUCAAUGGUCCCCAGGAGUCUCUAGUUAUCAACGAUCAUUUUGCUUUAUUUUCCUGAAAAUGAUUGAAAAGAAAAGUGCCUAACUUUACAACCAGCUACCUUUAGAUGCAUUUUGGUUCUACAUGUUUUUUUUUGUUUUUAAUGAUUGCUGUAAGUGCUGGUUAAAUACCCCUCAAAUUUUUUUUUUAAAUGUUACAAUGCAUCCUAGUUUAAAAUAUUAAUAUUCUAAUACUAAAAUAAUGCUUUUUAAAAUAUUCUUUUAGUCGGGUUAUAGCCAUAUUUUGCUUCAACCAAAGUAGCAUUGGGCUGAACAUAAAAUGAAGGGUUCUGAAUACUGAUCAUUUUGUAAUGUGAUUCAUAUUGUAUGUAAUGCAAAAAAAAAAAAAAAAAAGAAAAAAAAUGACUGAAAUUCUGUAAUGGUUAUUGGUCUCAAUGCCGCCCAGUUUAUGCACCCUUUCUUCAAAUAAGUUUUGCUAACAAGUUGUUAUAUUUUAUAUGGUAAAGAUAAUCUGGAUUGUUUUCUUUUAAUAAGGAAUACACACACCAGUUUUUUUUUUUUCAGAAGGCAUUACUUCUAUUUAAUUGAUACAGUUGGGUUCAUAUGAUAGAUUGUUUAGUGCAUUCGUAUAUAUUGUAUAUAAACUUGAACCGCUUUUAUUUGUGAUGCAUAUUUAGCUUGUAUAGUGUAAAUAGCAGAACUUUGACAAUAAAAAAACUUUUUAAUGUA